AUGGCCCAGGAGAUCGAAGAGUAUCUACUGAAAAAGCUAAGCACUGGACUCGAAACCUCCAAGAUUCGUUGUUGCAACAAGUUGUUUCAAGAACUAACCAAGUUGCUUAAGAAAAAACUAGAGUCACCUUCAUCUUCGAUGUCAAUACUCAGAGAAAAGCUCUACUACCUCAACAAUCUUCUGACAGAGUGCCAGACUCUGUCAAGGAAGCGUAGUUUGUACACGCCAGAUGAACUGUACGCCCUCUACAACAUUAGACGAAACCUUAAAAAGAUCAAGGAUGAGCUCAGCCUGAAACCCCCCAAUGAAGCACCAAAUGGGAGUCCCAUUCCAGAUCAAAACAAUGAUACUAGCAUAUCUAAUCAGGGCCAAGUUUCCCGGUCGAGUUCUCUGUUAGUGCAUGCAUCAUCUAAGAUUUAUGGGUUCGAAGACGAACUGAUUUCAAUUGGAACACUGCUUCGAGAGAGAGGAAACAAUGAAGCUUUUAAGGCUGUUGGAGUUGUGGGGAUGAGUGGUGUCGGAAAAUCUACACUCUGCCGGGAACUUAUGAACAGAGAAGAUGUGAAGAGUCAGUUCCUUCCGAGGAUAUGGGUAUCCUUGUCGAAAAAGGAAAAUGAAGCUGGGGAUACAAAGACAGCACUUGUGAAACGAAUGUUGGACUCUCUCGGGGUUGAAGAGGACAUAAUCCAGUCCAUCUUCAAUGAGCAUGCCGUGGCAGGGCUACUCUGUGCUCUUUACCAGCAACUGAGGGGAAAAAGGUAUCUGAUUGUGUUUGAUGAUGCCAUGGAUACAGAUUUAUGGUAUAGCCAGUUGAAUUCUUCGCUAACUCGUGAGGGGAAAUGGGAUGCGCGUCUUGGAUAUGGUUUGCCAAAAGGGAGAGGCGCAGCAGUGAUUGUCACAAGUAGGAAAGAGGGAGUUGUGAAGAUGAUGGUUGGAGAGGAAAACUUGCAUCGGCUUCAGCCUCGUUCAGACCCUGAGAGCUGCUGGUCUAUAUUCAUAGAUUCUGUUCGGAGUGACGGAUUAAUAUUCAAUCCGUCCAAUGUGGAAGAUCUGAAGAAGGAAAUAGUAAACAAGUGCGGUGGUCUUCCACUGGCCGCAAAAAUGAUGGGACAGAUCAUGAAUGAACAACUUCAAGAGAAAGCUAACGGCAGUCAUCAUCAAUUGCAAGUCCAAGCAGCAAAUGCUCAUAACGCUUCCCUACAAUGGCUACUGGCGAAGAUUAGCUUUGCCAUUGGCAUAGCCACCCCACAUGAUGGCCCUCCCUCUAAAAGAACUAAUUUACAAGUCAGAAUUUCAUGGAAGCGUCAAACAAAGGAUGAGGUGACUGAUGUCUCCACAAUCCAAACCACUGAAGUCUUUGUGUGA